AUGCUCCAAACGCACACCUUCGAGCCGCGCGGCUACGGCGGUCGACCUCUCACGGGCUAUCAGACGUAUGGCAAUAUGAUGGCGCGCGGAAACACUUUGCCGCACCGCCCGAACCCUGCCUCUACGGCGUCGUCCACGUCCACGUCCGUCGGGGCCAUCGAUGCGCCCUACGAGCUUAAUAAGGUGGUCACCACCAAUUUUGGGCACUCGUUUGCCGCGCCCGCGCCCGCGCCCAUGCAGUACUCGGCAAAUCAGUAUCAGGACGUGUUUUUCCCCUCCGCAGACCGCCUGCUGAGUUUGCAACAUCCUCAGCGGACGCCCUUCAACUUCGACGCUUCGCAAGCCACCAUCUACGGUCGAUCAUCCAACCACAACUUGUACGGCAGUUUCUCGCAGCAGGAACAAGUCUACGACACUGGCUUUGGAGUGUCUGGACCGCAGGCGCCACUCGGACUCGACUACACAGGCACGGACCAGUGGCUCUAUUCGCAGCGCGCGAGCAUCUGUCACUCAACUGCGGCGCACGCUCAAGUGGCAUACGACCCCAGUUUUGAGAAUGAUAAUCUAGACCCGCGCGAGUGUUCGGUCUCGCCCUCUCGACGCCAACAGGAACAUGCUUUUGGGUCGGAGGGCUUGCCGCCUUACCAUCAUCGAGGAGCCCACCAUCGGUUCCUGUACGACGCCGGCCCUGUACAGACACUGCCGGCUCACGAGUUCUCCCUGUGGACCCCACGUGAAGCUGGCGACCCGCUCGCCAUGUCAGCGCUGGAGUUGGCACAGCUGGCCCACCACCGGGAGGUCGUCCCUCCGGGUCGCCCUCGCUCGAUGAUCGCCCACGACGACUCGAUCACGGCGUAUCCGACGCUGAACCUCAGUCACUCUCCAAUUACGAAUCCUUGCAAACGUCGCCUCAUACCCGCAGGCAACCAACCGCGGUCUUAG